AUGGGGGGAUGCCUUCUCCCACCCCUGUUAACUGUGCUGCUGUCCUUAGCCCUGGGAGCUGCUGGACAAGGAGGUGAACGCUUGCCCAGUGCCCCCUGCCCCCGCCUGGGUAACAAGAGUGGGGAUCGAAUUAUCGAUGGCUACCCGUGUGAAAAAGGCUCCCACCCAUGGCAGGUGGCUCUACUCAAGGGCAAUCAGCUCCACUGUGGAGGAGUACUGGUCAGUGAGCGCUGGGUGCUCACUGCAGCUCACUGCAAGAUGGGUCAGUACACAGUACAGCUGGGCAGUGACAAGAUAGGUGACCGGAGUGCCCAAAUGAUCAAAGCCACAAAGUCUGUCCGACACCCCGGCUACUCCACAAAGACGCACGCCAAUGACAUCAUGCUUGUGAGGAUGGACAGGCCAGUCAAGAUGUCAUCCAAAAUUCAGAAAGUCAAGCUGCCCACUAACUGUGCAUCCCCAGGGACUUCCUGUACCGUCUCUGGAUGGGGCACCACGACCAGCCCAGAUGUGACCUUCCCCUCGGAUCUCAUGUGCUCGGACGUGAAGCUCAUCUCCGCUAAGGACUGCAAGAAGGUCUACAAGGACCUGCUGGGGAAAACCAUGCUGUGCGCUGGCAUCCCGGAUUCCAAGACCAACACCUGCAACGGUGACUCAGGGGGACCGUUGGUGUGCAAUGACACCCUGCAAGGUCUGGUGUCCUGGGGGACUUACCCCUGCGGCCAGCCCAAUGACCCAGGCGUCUACACUCAAGUCUGCAAGUAUAACCGGUGGGUGCAACAGACCAUGAAAACCUUCCGCUAAUGCAAAAGUCAAGCUGUGCGCUUUGAGGGAUAUAUCCAGAGUCCGGAUACCAGUGGCCACGCAAGAAAGUCCGAUCUGACUUCACCUUCCCUCGAAAUGUACUA